AAGAUUGACAAAACCAUUAUUACAUUUACUUUUAGCUUUGUAUAUGAUAUCAGCUCAGUAACAAAUGCAAUAAAAAAAAAUUCUCUGCGUUUCGAAAUCUCUUUUUAUCAGACUUCCAGCAACCUGUAUAAAUUACCAUUCUCUGUGUUGUUGUAAGGUCACACAUUCCGAGAAUCUGCAGAACGCACCAUCAUCGUAAUUUAACUUAUGCAGUAAACAUAUAAAAAAAAGUUAAAACAUUGAACACGAAAUCAGUUCAGGAAUAAACAAUUUCCCUGCGUCGAACGUUUCGAAAUCUCCCGUUAUCAGACUUGCACAGUCGUCUUUUUUACUCAAUCCAGAUUUAGUAUUAUUAUGAUUAUUAAUAAAGCACUUGAAAAUUUCAGAUAAUUUUACGAAACUCAGAUUUACAUUAACAAUGUUAACCGAACCAUGCGACUGUGAUAGUCGCAAUCAGGAACGCGAUUUGCAUUCAGUUUCUUAAACACGAAUUCUAAUACUUUUUUUUUUGAAAAUUAGAAAGAAAGGUUUUUUAAAUUUAUGCGCGUUACUUCAACAUGACCGCGCCUUAAUUAAAUAAAUGUAUUAAUCGAAAUAUGCAAUAAUUGGAUUAAUUUGUAACAGAAAUGGAGGUGGAAAAUGUUGUGAUGCAGGAGAGAUCCACGAAGAAACAAAUUUUGUUAGCUUUCAUCGCUUAUUUCACAACGAUUGCGCCUGGAAUGAGCAUAGGUUUCUCGGCUGUAGCGUUGCCAUCUCUUCAAAGUGAUUCGAAUCCAAAUAAAUUGAGUUUGAGCGAAGCUUCUUGGUUUGCAAGCAUUGUUUCGGUCGCAACGCCUGUAGGAUGCUUCAUUUCUGGUCCUAUCUCCGAUCGUUACGGAAGGAAAACCAUUCUUCUACUAAUAAACAUUAUAACGUUCUUGGGAUGGAUUCUGAUCGCGUUCGCUUACGAUAGAACCGACAACCAGUACGUUAUAUUAUUAGCAGGAAGGAUAUUGACAGGUCUUUCUACAGGUCUUUCGAGCAUGCCUGCUACGGUGUACGUCGCCGAAAUUUCAUGUCCUAAAUGGAGAGGUAUCUUAACUACAGCCAGUUCGAUCGCUUUCGCUUCAGCGAUCUUAAUCGUCUACAUCCUAGGUUUCAUAUUCCAGGAAGAAUGGUGUAAAAUUUGCUUGAUCACAGCAGUUCUUCCAUGCGUUUCGAUGUUUCUCUCCGUGCAAUAUUUACCUGAAUCGCCUACGUGGCUUGUGUCCAAGAGUCGCAUAAAAGAGGCCACGGAUAAUCUUAAAAGCAUUUGGGAUUUCGCGGAUUUGACUGAAGGGAUACACGAGGAAAUCGAGAAGAUGGUUAAGAAUCGCGAUGCCACCAAAAUCGGGUUGGCUGGUAGCAAAAGGACGUUAAAAUCGAUAAUUAUGAAGAAGAUUGGUUACUUCAAGCGACCUUCUUGUUACAAACCGUUUUUUAUAGUACUGAUGUAUUUCUUCUUUCAACAAUUCAGCGGUACUUUGGUGAUCGUUUUCUAUGCUUUGGACAUUGUGAAACAAGCUGGAGUUACUGUUCAUCCGUACAUUCUCAUCUGCUGCAUAGCUUUGACUAGGUUCAUAGGCUCAAUACUGGUGACUUGCUUCUCAAGGAACUUUGGUAGACGACCACCCUCGAUACUCUCAGGUAUUGGAAUGACCGUGUGCAUGGCACUGUUAUGCUUUUACCUGAACUACGACUUUUCUGAUAAAUGGAAUUGGAUGCCCGUCUUCUGCUUGAUAGCGUACUUCUUUACAAGCACCUUGGGUUUCAUGUCGAUUCCUUUCGCUAUGUCCGCGGAAUGCUUCCCAACGAAAAUAAGAGGAACAUCGACUGGAUUGAUCACUUGCUUCGCCUACAUUUUCAACUUCAUCAUCGUGAAGAGUUAUCCGUGGAUGAUGGAGGAGUUUAAACCGAUCGGCGUGUUCUUAUUUUAUGGUGUGAUUGCUCUUAUCGGGACGGUAUUCCUUUACAAAUACCUUCCCGAGACGAAAGGGAAAACUUUGGCGGAAAUCGAGGAGUUCUUUGGUGGGAAACCAAAGGCUAGACCUCCGAUUGUCUUGAGAGGAGUGGUGAACGAAAAGGAAGCCGUUAAAAUGUUGCAGUAACGGGAAUUUACUCAA